AUUAUCUGGCAAUCCAGUUAUACUCACUUUCUAGUGCUUUCUGAUACAGCCGAGUUUAGGCGCGCCGCUCCAAGACGCCGCGACUGCGGGACAAGGAAAUAAAAAUGCCUGCGUUUUAGCCGCGGGUUGCAUCCGUGAGGUAACUAUGAGGAGAAAGAGAUGUCCGAAUCAAAUGAUCUUCGCGUAGUUCUAGGCUUGAUGAUCCUCGGGCCAGAGGGAUGUCCGGGCGCGCGUCUCACGGGCCUCGACAAUCUGAAUGCCGCGCUCGACAUCUUCCAGGAACGCGGGAACAGCGAGAUCGAUACGGCGCGCUUGUAUCUAGGGGGCAAGCAGGAGGCUUUUACGCGAGAGGCGGGAUGGAAGGAGAGAGGCCUCUCCGUGGCUACUAAGUCGUAUCCUAUCACGCCUGGGCUCCAUUCCCCUGAUGCUCUGGCUGCCACUCUCGAGACGUCGCUGGCUGAGCUGGGGACGGAUUGUGUUGAUGUAUGUAUCUUCGGGACUUGUGUUAUAUAGUUCUGCGAAUCAUGGGGUUGUGAACGUGAUGUGCACCUGCUGACUGUUUUCUACGAUAGAUAUUCUAUCUACAUGCUCCAGUAAGUCUUCUUUCUCGCACACUGACAUUCGGUUUAUUCAACCUCUCUC